UGCGAGCAACGACACCGGAGUCAGCCGCGCAACGCACAAGCCUAAAUAACAUCGUACAGGGAUAGUCAGGGAAUUACAAGAGCCUCCAACGCCUGACCAAGCUGCCACACAGACCGUCAGAGAUCAAAACGUUAACAGAGCGUUUGUUUGGUGUUAUAGUGUAACGCGUGGAGAAGAUAGUCAUUAAAUUUUUUGUGCUAACGCUGUUUAUAAAACUAUAUACACUUGAUACGUAUAAUGUAUUUGUUAUUUGACUGAUUGGUAUUUGAAUGUUUUCUUGAUAGGAUAGUGUGUUUAUGUUAUGUUUGUAAUGUGCAAUGGUAAUUAACUCUCGAUAUAAAUACGGAAACAUGGGUUCUAGAUUAAGCAGACAGAGUAGUCUGGACAAUGAAAAUUUUACGAAAAGGCGUCGCAAGCAUCUUGACAGUACGGGAGAAAGCGAUAGAGGUGGAAGUCGAAGCGGUGGCGACUUUCUGUUUACAAUGAUGCUUAAAUCAGACAAACUACCGGGGAUGCUGCGGAGGUCCAACCACAGUCCAUACGUGAGGCGUGUGGCAUGGAUCCGAGAGAUACAAAAACUGCUCCGUGAUCGAAGGAUAGAUCAGGCAACCGACGUGCUCAAACUGUUAAGGAAGGAUCUGGGUUUAGAAGGCACAUCCCUUAAUGACAUCUUAUAUAAGAAUGCUGCAUUUCUCAACCUGGUGGACCCCAUAUCCCAUGAGCUGCUGCUGAACCUGGCUCGUGAGAUGCAAUGUCCCAAAAAGAAGGACGCUGACACCAUUAAGUCAUCCGAUAAGAUCUGCAGACAGCUGAUUUACCAUCUGACCCCUCACUCUAAGUGGCUCAGACAGAGCAUGUCCAGACGGAAGUCCCAGGCCUGUCUGAAGACAACCCUGCAGAGAAAAGUAUCCACCGACACGGUCGACUUGUCUGGCAUCCCUCUCUCCAGUCGAGAUGUCCGCCAUGUGGCCUUCUACCUCCAGAACAGUGGGGAUGCCGUGGUCGCUGUGGACAUCAGCUUCACUGAGCUCCAGGACGAGAACCUCCGUGUCCUGCUACCCUUCCUCGGCUCUUUGAAAAAACUCAACACCCUGGCCCUCAACGGCAACCGGCUCACCUUCGCCAUAGUCAAAGACCUGACUGAGAUCCUGAAGGAUCCCAAGAAAUUCUCCAGCCUGGCUUGGAUUGACCUGGGCAAUAACCUGGACAUCUUCACCAUGCCCCAACCUCUGCUGGUGGCCUUACGACGUCGCUGCAGCCUGAAGAGCAGCCUGCCCACCAUCUACGAGUACACGGAGGGGCAGCCCUACAGCUACCACAUGGAAACCUCAAUCGAGGAGCCCAGCCACUACGAGGAGGAAGAGGCAGGGGAGGAGGAGGGGGAGGAGGAUGAGGAUGAGCUGGAGCCGUGGGGAGUAGGGGGGAAGAGGCUUUCAAAGGACUUUACCCUGCACUACUGUGAGAGGUGAUGAGGUGACCUCCUGGACUGACACUGCUGUGUUUCAAAGGCCUCCUCACAGCCAGCUCCCAGGCCCUACCUCCCCGCUGCCCUCUCACAUCAUGAGCCCAGUCACCUCUUGUGGCACACGGGAUGUUCAGCGCCACACAUUCCGAGACCCUAGUUCCAGCACAGCCACCAAGUGAUCUCUCUCACCAUCUAUGUGUUAACCCACACGAGACAAUUGUUUGGGACUUACUGUGUUGGCGGAUGGUGCUCCUGGGAACAAGGUGCGGUUUCAUUGGAGGGAGGCUGGAAGAAUUUCGGAAAAGGUAUUCUCUCUCGCCCUCUUAAAGUAGCAGCUAUGGAGCCAAUCCCAAGGAUUUGAGAUUAGACGGCUUGAUGGAGGAGCAGCAUAACGCUGGUGGUCUUAUGGAGCUGCUGUUGGUUUGGAAGCAGUAGGUCCCAACCGGGUUCUCUACCAGGACUGUCACUGAGACUAUCCCUGGCAGGCAGGGCCUAGCUCCACAUUGUGUGUUCUCUGUUAAUCUCUCAACAAAGGCUAUGAAACAAGUUCAACAGACUAUACAGCCGACGACCCGUCACGUGACACAGGCAAAACUGCUAAGUCAAGACUUUUUGCUUUUUCCCCCCCUUUCGAAAUGUCCACUUGUGAAUACCCACGUAGAUGUAAAUGAUGACACAAAACAUAGCUCUGUUGUAUUUCCACAGGUUAUUUUAGUGCACUGCUGGUGAACAAAGCCAUCUUAGAAGACAACAGGUAGGACUCAACAAUAGAGUGUUGUUUUCACCGAUUGUUUUCAGUUGCUAAAACUCAGAGAUUCACCGCUCCAUUUUGCUAUUUUAGUCAUUAUCAUAUCCAUUACAUUUUAUGAUACAUGUGGGAUGAAUGGAAGUACAGCCAACCCCCAGGGGUGGUCCCAUUCAUCUCUUUGUUGUAAGGGUACCCCAAAUGGAAUCACAUAUCAUUGUCGUUAUUAACAUUUAUAUGUGCUUAUGUGUUUGUUUGGACUGUUACGUGUCAGUUGUAGGCUAUUGCCAGGACUGAUAAUCCGCAAGAUGGGCUGAGUACAGUGCUGGAUAGAGGUAUUUCUUUGGAAUAUAAUGUAAUAGUUGAAGUUGCCAAUUGCAGCUAUGCUCCAUGCCUCAAUUUACAAUAAGAUAUGUAUGAAAUGUAUUGACUUCGUAUGCAUUUCAAACUCUCCUUGCUGCAUAACUGUUUUUAAGUAUUUGGAUGGCAUGUUGAAAUGAUACAAUGACCAUGAGGACUAUUUUCUUUAAUUUUAGGGUAUUUUCAUCCAUAUUGGGAUGAAUGAAGUGUAAAUAACAAAACUUUGUGUACAAUAGUUCCUCCAUUUUAGGGAACCAAAUGUGUUUGGAUGUAUUCAUUCAUGGGAAUUAAAGUAGUAUUAAGAUUCCUAGCACACAAUAACUAAAUCAAGUUGUGACCCUGUUGUUGGAUGGAUUUUUCAUUUUGCUGAAGUUUCAGAUAAGGCUGUGGCUAUUUGAAAUCCAUGGUAAAUAAGGUUUUGCUAUUAUGGAGCCACUUUUAUUGUAAAUCAGAAUAAAAAUGUGUAUGUGUUAUUUGACAGGAAUAUUGCUGCAACACAAGCGCAAUGUAGGCAGCAAGCCAGACGGGUGGACCAUCUCAACCAAUGCAUGAUAAUGCAUGAUUUACCAUUCAUUUGGUCACAAUAUAAUCUGAUACACAAAGAAACAGCAAAUGCAUCCAACAAGGUUGUAGAAUAACAAGGCUGAUAUUGUCAUUGCUAUGGGACAAAAUGACUAAAGGAGUCAUUUAUACGAUUCCCACCGCACAAAAGCAGGAAAACAUGAAUUAUCUAUCAAAGGGCAUUGGUGGAAAGAUUUUAUUUGAAAUGUAGAACUUCACAAACUUCACAAGUAUUUUAUUGUCUGCAUAUUUACACUCAGUAGAAUCUGCAUUAGCCGAUGAUUUUGUCUUGUGCAUUUGGGUCCACAUGUUGUGUAGUACCCCUAAAUAUGUCCCUUUAGAAGCCAAAAACACAUCCGGUAAGUGUAUAGUAGUCUAGCACAAAAGAAAAAAAAGCCCUACCCAUCCCAAAGAAAUUACACACGUUGAUAUCAACCUAUAAAAAAGUGACGGUAGGUUGGCCAUAUUUCUUCUAGACAGAUAAGAUAUACAACUAUGAAGUAGCAGAUUAGCUACUUAGUAAUCUUUCUGUCCUGCACCACUUGGUCUAGGAACAAUAUACAAACUGUUUGUUCGCGGCCUGUGAUAUACAGUGUAACAGUUAUAGUUAUAUUGUAUAUCACAGGCAGGAUAGCCUAUGACAGUGGGAAUUCCAAACCAAAUACAAAGCUAGAUUGACAAGCUAGCAGUUAUUUCAUUAGCUGCCAAGACUAUCUAGACUCAUAAAAAGUAGCUAAAGGUUAUGUGAAUUUGUCCAAAUUAUUUUGGUUCCCUAAAUACAUUUUGUUUUAAAUGUUCACCCGAUAUGUAAAAAUCCUCAAAUUAAAGCUGGCAGUCUUCUUGUUAACGUCAGUUUAAUUUUCAACCCAAAGUCCUGGAGUACAGAGUUAAUGUAUUGAAUAACAAUAAUUGAAUAAAUGGAAUGAAUAUGGUUGAGUCAUCUCAUUGAAUAUGUGUGAGGGUGUUUACUAUAUGUUUGCUGCUGUAUAAUGUCUGAUAACGGUUGUAUAAUGUCUGAUUUCUUUUGUAUAUUGUCUAAUUACUGUUGUAUAAUGUCUGAUUGUUGUUGUAUGAUGUCUGAUUACAGUUUUAUAAUGUCUGGUUAUUGUUGUAACUGUUUGUAUUAUUGUUUGGUGUUGUGUCCUUUGUCCAAGCAAUUACCGUAGAUAUUUCACUGUGAACAUGAGCACACUAAUAGACUAGCGAAAUACUACUAGCAACAAAUGCUCCCCUUUUCACUGACAUUAUGUACAAUGACCUGAAUGUAUAUGCUUAAAAAAGAAAAGAUCAAAGUGUUUAAGUUUGUUGUUUUUUAAUGGGAGAGUGUGUGUGUGUGUCAUUGUUAAAAAAAAUUGCUUGGAGGUACAUUUGUUGUAAAAUCAACAUACAGAUCACAAUGCACUGGACACAGCACGUCAUUUCAACUUGCAAAUGUGGGUAACAUUUGGUUGAGGUGUUCAUUAAAGAGGGUAACAUUUGGUUGAGGUGUUCAUUAAAGAGGGUAACAUUUGGUUGAGGUGUUCAUUAAUGUGGGUAACAUUUGGUUGAGGUGUUCAUUAAUGUGGGUAACAUUUGGUUGAGGUGUUCAUUAAUGUGGGUAACAUUUGGUUGAGGUGUUCAUUAAUGUCGGUAACAUUUGGUUGAGGUGUUCAUUAAAGAGGGUAACAUUUGGUUGAGGUGUUCAUUAAUGUGGGUAACAUUUGGUUGAGGUGUUCAUUAAUGUGGGUAACAUUUGGUUGAGGUGUUCAUAAAUGUGGGUAACAUUUGUUUGAGGUGUUCAUUAAUGAGGGUAACAUUGAGGGCCUGCAUGUAAGUGUUUGCAUGUUUUGGCCCCUACCUGUACCUGGUUGAAAAUGAAUGGCACUUACUAGUUAGCAUUCCCCUUAACUGAUUUUAUAGGACUUAAUUGUACAUGAGUUGAA